UAUAGAUGAUUACUACUUUGAUAAUCAAAAUUUGCAAGCAAAGGCCGAAAACGGAAGACUAGUUACAACUAUUUCUUCUCUCAGAAAAGGAAACCACUCCUACAAAUUCUCAGAAAACCAAAAUCUAUCAACAAUUUACAUUUUCAGGAUACGUGGGUGAACUGCUAAUGGGAGAACACUUGGCUUUGUGUGUUGAUCGUCUUAUCAUACCUGAAUCUUUGCACUCUAUGCAAGGGUCAGAGGAUACAGGAUCCUCAGGGGGAAUUUCUUGCUCUCAUACAGCAGUUCAAUAUGCCUAUGGCACUGCUAAUAAGGAGGAUGAAGAAACAGAAGCCGGAGGCGAAGAUGAGCCAUUACUUCAGACUGUGGAAUGCCGAAUUUGCCAGGAAGAAGAUAGCCCGAAGAAUUUGGAGAUUCCUUGUAGCUGCAAUGGCAGCUUAAAGUAUGCUCAUAGGAAAUGUGUUCAGCGGUGGUGCAAUGAGAAGGGUGAUAUAAUUUGUGAGAUUUGCCAUCAGCCUUACCAACCCGGCUAUACUGCUCCACCACCGCCUUCUCUUUCUGAAGAUAUUGCCAUUGACAUGAGUGGGGGCUGGACAGUAGCUGGUACUCAGCUUGACUUACAUGAUCCUCGGCUUCUUGCAAUGGCAGCUGCAGAGCGCCAUCUCUUGGAGGCUGACUAUGACGAAUAUGCUGAUUCAAGUGCCAGUGGAGCUGCAUUUUGCCGUUCUGCUGCUUUAAUUUUAAUGGCCCUUUUAUUAUUGAGGCAUGCUGUGACCAUCGGAAAUGGUGAUGGCGAUGAUGAUGAUGUUUCUGCCUUUUUCUCGCUUUUCUUACUCCGUGCUGCUGGUUUUCUUCUACCUUGCUACAUCAUGGCUUGGGCUAUCAGUGUCAUGCAGCGUCGAAGGCAAAGACAGGAGGCAGCAGUACUAGCGGCAGCAGAAGUUGCUUUCAUGCUGCAGGCAGGACAACAUAGGGGCUUGCAUGUAACAAUAGCACCAGGACCUGCACAGGCAGCAGAACCUUCAGCAACACCAGCAAACCCAACUACCCAUGUUGCAACACCAACCGGCCAGGUCGCAGCUCCUCCUCCGGAACUAGUAUAAAUGGCUUUGCUCAGCUGGCAUGUUAAAAAGUUCUUUUUUUCCUUUCUAUGUAUUAGUUGUAUCUUAGCCCUGCCAAAUUUGGAGUGAUGCGGAGGCUGAAAGUGUUUCCAUUUGUUCAAUAUUUCAUUAAUGCUUGAACAUGUAAAAAAAACCAUAGCAGCUAAUUUAUCUGCUUUGAAUUUGGAGAUACCAUAUCUUCAUAUCAUGUACAUUGUUUAUUCUUAUCAAUAUGGUUUACUGUUC